UGGUCAUGCACAAGGAAAAGGAAGAGUUACACGGUCACAGACGAGAGCAUUCACCGUAUGACCACGCUAUGCCGGACGGAGAAAUGUUCUUACAGGCACUCAAUGGCUUCCUUAUGAUUCUUACUUGCGAAGGAGAAGUGUUCUUCGCCACUCACAGCAUUGAGAGCUACCUAGGCUUCCAUCAGUCAGACAUAGUCCACCAAUCGGUAUACGAGCUGGUUCAUUCUGAAGACCGAGAGGAGUUACAACGGCAGCUGCUAUGGAACUCUUUCCUGCCUCCAGAAGCCAGCAGUCUGACCCUCCAGGAUGUUCUAAGGCCGGACAGGACGAAUCUUUUGGAAAGAAGCUUCACUGUGCGGUUUAGAUGUCUGUUGGACAAUACUUCUGGUUUCUUGAGGCUGGAUAUACGGGGUCGAAUCAAAGUACUCCAUGGUCAGAACAAGAAGACAGAAGAGCCACCUCUAGCUUUAUUUGCAAUUUGCGCGCCUUUUGGUCCUCCAAGCCUGCUGGAAAUCCCGCAGAAGGAGGUUAUGUUCAAGAGCAAACAUAAACUCGACCUUUCUCUAGUCUCAAUGGAUCAAAGGGGUAAAAUGCUGCUAGGCUACACAGAUGCUGAGCUAGCCAACAUGGGCGGCUACGAUCUCGUACAUUACGACGAUCUCGCGUAUGUGGCCAGUGCUCAUCAGGAAUUAUUAAAAACAGGUGCUUCCGGCAUGAUCGCGUACCGCUUCCAGACGAAGGACGGGCAGUGGCAGUGGCUGCAGACCUCCUCCAGGCUGGUCUACAAGAACUCCAAGCCUGACUUCGUCAUCAGCACGCACAGGCCUCUUAUGGAGGAAGAAGGCAGAGAUCUCCUAGGAAAAAGAACAAUGGACUUCAAAGUCAGCUAUCUCGAUACUGGUCUGACUAGUUUAUACUUCUCCGAAACGGAACAAUUAUCUGGCUGCGAGUCUACAGUCACAACUCCCCCUAGAGCCGCUAGGAGGUACAAAACUCAAUUGAGAGACUUCUUGUCAACUUGUCGGAACAAAAGACGAGUGCCCACAACUCCUGCGCCUGCGCCAGUGGACUAUUUAGCUGCUGAUGCGGUCGCCGCAGCGUAUACGAACCUCAAUGGGGCCUACACCGCUCCAUAUGGGGAAUACCCUCCAGCCCCAUCUCUGCAUUAUGCUCCCCCUCCCUUAGACGAUAGAUUCCUAACAGCAGACAAUCUCUUCCAUCAGUAUAAACCUUUAUCUUACCACUACACUCCUUACGCGCCAAACGGCUUUCUUGAACCGGCGCCGCCGCCCGGCUACGAAGUAACACCAACAUAUCAUAGGCCGCCUUCAAGAGAGUAUACGUACGUGGACAGUAGCGGCAGAUAUAUGAGUCCAGUGACAGGGCAAGAGAGGAGGUCUCCGAGCGUGGUUCCAGGGCCUAGUCCGGGGGGUUCAAGCGGGUCCACUGACCCAGACAGGCUGCAGGCGGCGGAGACUCCGCGCCAGACCGUGCUCAUGUGGGGCGCGGGCGCGGCCGCCCAGGAAGCUCCCGUGGAGUACUCUCCACCACAGGUUUGGCGCUACCAUCCAUCACAUUACCACACCGCUGAAGCGACCCAGUGA